AUGGCCUCAUUCCUUAAUAAAAAUUCAAUACGUGAACUACGAAAAUAUUCAACAUAUACCCCCACUAAAGAGUCACUAGCAACGCCACAUGCAGAAGCACAUGCACACAUGAAACAAUUUCGAUCACAAAGAAACUUUUAUAUUGCUGGUUUUGCACUCUUUUUAUGGUUUGUUAUCAAACGACUUAUUGGCUUAAUGUCAAUGUGUGCAAUUGAAAUGGCCAAUUCAACGGCAGCUCGUAAGCAAGCUGAAGGUGCUCGUCGUUAUGCUGAUACAGUUACAGCCGAUGACUUAAAGAAAGGUGAUCUCAAAAAAAAUACUCCAGUACCGACCGGUGAUGCUCCUCGAUCCGUUGAUCCAGCUGAACAUGAUGCGAAAGUUGCUGAACUUAAACAGGUUUAUAAAAUCGACAUGGCUGAAAUAAGUGCUAAUGAAAUUCGUGUCUAUGAGAAUACGGCACCAAAAAAAAUUAGUCCAAUAAAAGAUUUUGUCGCAGGCGGUGUUGGUGGCGCCUGCUUAGUGAUCACUGGACAUCCACUGGAUACAAUUAAAGUUCGUUUACAAACAAUGUCAAAACCACAACUUGGAGAAACUCCGUUAUAUACUGGAACAUUUGAUUGUGCAAAAAAGAUUGUUAGUCAUGAAGGAUUUUCGGGUUUAUAUAAAGGAAUGGGCGCACCACUUAUUGGUGUAACGCCCAUGUUUGCCAUUUGUUUCUUUGGAUACAGUAUUGGAAAAAAACUGCAAACACCACACGGAAAGAAUGGUCAGUAUAGUUUUCCACAAAUUUUUGCCGCUGGUAUGUUAUCUGGGGUAUUUACGACAAUAAUUAUGGCACCAGGAGAAAGAAUCAAAUGUUUAUUACAGAUACAACAUAAUAGCAGUGUGAAAAUGUACAAUGGUCCAGUUGAUUGUGCAAAAAAGUUGUACAAAGAAGGAGGCAUUCGUUCGAUUUAUCGAGGAACUGCUGCAACGUUAUUAAGAGAUGUUCCUGCUACUGGUGUCUAUUUCACAUCUUACGAAUGGCUAAAAAAAAAAUUAACACCAGAAGGUCGUCCCGUUGGAGAAUUAAGCGCUUGGCGAACACUAGUAGCAGGUGGUACAGCUGGUAUUUGUAAUUGGAUCGUGGCUAUUCCUCCAGAUGUAUUGAAAUCUCGUUAUCAAACGGCACCACAGGGUCGAUAUACUGGAAUUAGUCAUGUUUUUAAAGAAUUAAUGCAAACUGAAGGAAUCAGAUCGUUAUACAAAGGAAUAGUGCCUGUGAUGCUCAGGGCAUUUCCGGCUAAUGCUGCAUGUUUUCUCGGUUAUGAGUUAACAAUCAAAUUUCUUGAUUACUUACUGCCAAAUUGGUAA